AUUUGACUCUUGCAUUUUCCCAAAGCCCAACCCUUAUGGACUGUUGCUGCUUUCCUAAUAGUUAAUCGGGAGAUGGGCUUUGACUCCUUCAGCCUAUAAAAAGGGAAAGAGCAGCUGAGAGAAAAGGAGGGAGGACCAAAUUCUUCUUCAUCCAGCCAAGACAAGCUUACUUAGGGGCACAAGCUAUGGCAAUGAGGUUUUUGUUCCUCUUGACUGGUCUGGCACUAUUGAGUGGGCUGUGUACAGCAAGUUCCCAAGGAAAGGAAUUUGUCACAGCCUUCAUGCUGAACAUCAAACAGAAUCGACGCAAUACUAAGCUUGAGUUGCUCAUCACUGGGUACUAUCCUGCAACCACCGUCAUGGUCACAUCAAACAAAGCUACAUUCCAGAACACCGUUCCUGUCAAUGAAGGGGAAACUGUGUCCAUUGAGCUUCCAGCUUCCACAGAGAUGGUGGGGACAGACAUCUUUGACAGGGCUGUGACAAUCCAAGCAAACCAUGACAUCUCUGUCUUUUCCCGCAGCCACAAGGACUAUUCAACUGGUGCCAUGGUAGUGUACCCAGUCGAGCAACUGGGUACGUUGUAUUAUGUGGUAACCCCAGUGGGUGAAAUGGCAGACACUUUCAAGGAGUUUGCGGUUGUGGCCUAUCAAGCAGCCACUAGGGUCAACAUCCAUUUGACAGGGUCUGUGACAUUCAAAGGACAUGUUUAUCCCGCCGGGAGCAUUCUGGUUGUUAACCUCAAGGCCUUCCAAGCAAUCCAGCUGCAAAGCUUGCAGGAUCUAUCUGGCACCAAGGUUGAAUCAAGUGGACCUGUGGCUGUCUUGAGUGGGCACAGCUGUGCCAAGAACCACACACACUGUGACCAUGUUGUCGAGCAGCUCCUGCCCGUUUCACGCUGGGGUGCCGCCUUCCUUGUGCCCCCAGUCUCCUUCCAGAGCAGAUACGAUAUGGCAUAUAUCGUUGCAUCCCGAAACACUUCAGUCAUGUAUCAAUCCGGACCCACAGCAGGAAACUAUAAUAUGAGAGCUGGAGAAGCUAUUCAGUUGAGCAUCCAGCCCUCUCGGGCACUUUACAUCUCAGCUGACAGAGGAAUCCAAGUCCUUUUCUUCUUUGCUGGUGCAUCAAGAGGAAGGACGAUCUAUGACCCAUUCCUCAUCAAUAUUCCUCCACUGACAAGCUACUGUAGGUCAUACCGCAUUGAGGGAAUGGCCGGGUUUGAUAAUUAUGCAGUUAUGAUAGCCAAAACCUCAGAAACCGGUGAGAUCACAUUAGAGAAGAGGGCCGUUGAAAACAUCCAGUGGAGACCAAUCCCAGCCACAGAAUACUCCUCUGCUCAGCUCAGCUUGGGCAGAAAAGCUAGUUCCCUCUCCCUGGAGCACCCCAGCACUCCUUUUGGACUCUUCAUUUUUGGAGGCUCAUUCCGCGAUGGCUAUGGCUCCAUAGCUCUUUGCUCAUCUGUGUUUGAUCUAGACACAACCGUGGCUCCAUUAUCCUGCCCUGAGAACAGCCACUUUGAGGCCUGUGGAAGUGCCUGCCCAGCCACCUGCUCUCACAGAACUGCUCCCUCUGAGUGCACAGAGACCUGUGUGGAAAUCUGCCAGUGCAAUAGAGGCUACGUCCUUAGUGCCGAGAAGUGCAUCCCAGUGGAGAGCUGCACCAACACUUCUAUGGGUCCCACUGACCCCCCAAUAGCCUGUCCUGAGAACAGCCACUUCGAGACCUGUGGGAAUCCCUGCCCAGCCACAUGUUCAGACAGAACUGCUCCCGAUGAAUGCACAGAUGGCUGUGUGGAAAUCUGCCAGUGCGAUGAGGGAUACAUCCUUAAUGAUGAGAAAUGCGUCCCAGUCAAGAGUUGCCCCAGCACUUCGACAGUUCCCACCUCAGCCCCAGUACCCUGCCCUGAAAACAGCCACUUUGUGUCCUGUGGAACUCCAUGCCCAGCUACCUGUUCCGACAAAACUGCUCCCGAAACGUGCAAUGAUACCUGUGUGGCGGCCUGUCAGUGUGAUGAGGGCUACGUCCUUAGUGCUGAAGCCUGCAUCCCAGUGGAGAAGUGCCCUUGCAUUUACAAAGGUGUGAGCUACAGCGCAGGAGAGGAGUUCUGGGCUGAUGAAGGCUGUCGUACUCGCUGCAAGUGUGACUCCAAAUUAGGAAAGGUUACGUGCACCAAGUCCUCCUGUAAGGCCAACAAGAAAUGUGCCCUAGUGAAUGGCAUUUGGGGCUGUCAUCCCAUCAGCUAUUCCACCUGCAUAGGAACUGGAGACCCUCACUACACCACCUUUGAUGGAAAGAAAUUUGACUUCAUGGGAACCUGCAUUUAUCAAAUGGCCGGAGUCUGCUCCAAGGACCCCACUCUCACCCCGUUUUUGGUCACGGUGGAGAACAACAACCGAGGCAGCAAGGCGGUGUCCUUCACCAAAGUGGUGACACUAGAGGUCUACAACAUGACCAUCAGUCUGAGCCAAGAACAUCCACAGAAGAUUAAGGUGAAUGGAGUCUUUGUGGACCUGCCCUUCUCCUAUGGAAAGAAACUGAAGGUCUACAUCAGCGGAGUCCAUGGCUUCAUCAAAACAGACUUUGAUCUGAGAGUCAGCUUUGACUGGUACAGUUAUGCCAGGGUCAUUAUUCCCAGCACUUAUGCCAAUGCUGUGUGCGGACUGUGUGGCAAUGCCAACCAGGACCCCAGUGAUGACUUUGCUAUGAAGGAUGGAGCUCAGACAACAGAUGAAAUCCAGUUUGCAGACAGCUGGAAGUUGAAGGAGGUCCCAGGAUGCUCUGCAGGAUGCAGUGACUGCCCAGUAUGCAGUGAGGCAGAGAAGCAGACCUACAAGGGGGACCAGUUCUGUGGGAUCCUCAAGAGAAGGGAUGGGCCGUUCAGGCAGUGCCAUGAGACCAUUGACCCAACACCUUACUUUGAUGAUUGUGUUUUCGACACCUGCCAAUACAAGGGUCAUCAUGACACUCUCUGCAGUGCCAUCAGUGCCUACGUGACAGCCUGCCAAUCUUUGGACAUUGAGGUUGGGAAAUGGAGAUCAGCCUCUUUCUGCAGACUUCCCUGUCAACCCAAUUCCCACUAUGAGCUCUGUGGAAGCGGUUGUCCCAGCACAUGCCAGAACCGUUCCUCCACCAUAAAGUGUGGUGCACCAUGCGAUGCACCAUGUACUGAAGGAUGCUUUUGUGAUUCUGGAUUCGUGCUCAGUGGGGAUCAGUGCGUGCGUCUUGCAGAGUGUGGCUGUGUGCACCAGGGCAGAUACUACAAAAAGGGAGAGGAGUUUUAUCCCAGUAGCUCCUGCCAGGAGAAGUGCCUCUGCCUGGACAAUGGAGCCACCAAGUGCCAGCCUUUCUCCUGUGGAGCUCAUGAGGAGUGCAGGGUGGAGAACGGCAUCCAAGGCUGUCACCCUGCAGGUUAUGGUACAGCUAUAGCACUUGGUGACGCUCUUUAUAUUUCCUUUGAUAGACAAAGCUUUCGCUUCCAUGGCUCCUGCACUUACACCUUAGCCAAAGUCUGCAGCACAGAGCCUCGGCUACAGAAUUUCUCCAUUUUGGUGGAGAAUGAGAAGCUUGGAAAUGGACACCUUGCUCAGAUAAGGAAGGUUGUGGUCUCUGUUCAUCAGCACACUAUUGUCCUUGAAAGGGGACGGAAAUGGAUAGCUAUGGUGGAUGAAGAAUUCUGCACUUUGCCAGUGAAUAGAGAUGAGGGAAAACUCUGGAUCACGCAGGAGGGGAUCAAUAUAAUUGUCCAGGCAUCCUUUGGCCUCACGGUCCUUUAUGAUACCUCUUCCUAUGUCCAUGUGACUGUCCCCAGCACCUACCAGGGACACAUGUGUGGUUUGGGUGGCAAUUUCAAUGGUGACGAGAGGGACGAUUUCAUGCUGCCUAGUGGGGAAUCUGCACAAACGGUGGAUGAGUUUGGGGCCUCCUGGCAGGUCCCUCUGGAUGGUGCCAUCUGCUCCAAUGGCUGUGGUGAGGAAUGUCCCACUUAUGAUACAGCCCAGACAGCACCGUAUGAGAACGACGACUCCUGUGGAAUGAUCACGUCUGAGACAGGGCCAUUCAAAGACUGCUCCUCAUUAGUAAGCCCCUCGGAUUACCUUGAGCAAUGCCUGUAUGACUUGACCGUGGCCAAAGGGGAGCAGGAGUAUCUCUGCCGGAGCCUUCAAGCCUAUGCAGCUGCGUGCCAGUCUGCUGGAGUCAAGAUUGGAGCCUGGAGAACAAAGUCCUUCUGUCCCCUCACCUGCCCAGCCAAUAGUCACUAUGAGACAUGCACAAAACCAGUUUGCGAUUUCAGCUGUGCCAGCUUGUCCACUCCACUCCAGUGCACCAGAAAAUGCUUUGAAGGUUGUCAAUGUGAUGAUGGCUACUUGUUUGAUGGGGAUACAUGUGUGCCUACAGACAAAUGUGGCUGCGUGCAUGAUGGUCUCUACCUCAAAGCUGGAGAGAGCAUCUUCUCAAGCAAUUGCAUGGAGAAAUGCACCUGCGGUGACUUGGGCAAACUUACCUGCGUUAACAGCAGCUGCCAAAUAGACACCUGCGCACUUCAGGAUGGUCGUCGUGCCUGUGAGAGCAUGGAAGUUCUGGAGGGCGAGUGCAGACUCACCCCUGGAGCCCAGCUCCGUUCAUUUGAUGGUGCCUCAGGGAAGUACCUCUGUGAUGGAGUUUAUGACUUGGUCUCUGUUUGUGACGAAAGUGCCCCCUUCUGGUUCAGGGUGUCCGUGAGCAUUGGAAAGGACAAUGAGGAUGGCUUGGUAGCUGGGAGGGCAGUUUACAUUUUCUUCCCUGAUGCAUCCAUCACUGUCAAAAAGAACAACAGGACAUGGGUAAAUGGACGUCCAGUAAGCCUGCCAUACAAGGUCUCUAAAGAGGUGUCUGUGAGCAAAGUUCACGAUGGGAUGCAGAUUGACCAGGCCUCUCAGGUGCAGGUUCUCCUUCAUCCCAGUGGAGAGGUGAGAGUGAAAGUCAGGAAGUCCCUCGCAGGGAAGCUGUGUGCCCCAUGUGGAAACUUCAAUGACGACAGCUCUGAUGAUCUGAAAAUGCCCAGCGGGAAGGUGGAAACAAACGUUGCUGAGGUCCUACAUGCCUGGAAGGCCAGAGCCAUGGCCAAGAGGCUGCUGCUGCUUUUGACCGGACUGGCGCUCCUAUCUGGGUUCUGUGGAGCAGAUUACCGUGGGAAGGAAUUUGUAACAUGCUACCUGCAGAACUACUUGGCAAGCCAACAAAGUCCUAGGCUUGAGCUGCUUAUCACCGGGUAUCAUCCUGCAACCACCGUCAAAGUCACAGUGAACAAAUCUUCAUUUCAGAAAACGGUUCUAGUCUAUGAGAAAGAGACAGUGUCUGUUGUGGUCCCGGCCUCUUCGGAGUUGACGGGGAACAAUAUCUUUGAUGGGGUUGUCAGGAUCCAAGCUGACAAAGAUAUCUUAGUCUUUUCCUACAACUACAAGCUUACGUCAAGUGCUGCCACAGUCGUGUACCCAGUUCAUCAGCUGGGCAAACAAUAUUAUGUGGUAACCCCAGAAGGGCAUCUCUCAAACACUUUCAAGGAAUUUGCAGUUGUAGCCUAUCAGUUUCCUACUCAAGUCACUAUUCACCUGAAAGGGGCCGUGACAUUCCAAGGGAAAGUUUAUGCUGCAGGGAGCAGGCUUGUUGUUGACCUCAAAGCCUUCCAAGCAAUUCAGUUGCAAAGCUCAGUUGAUUUGUCUGGCAGCAAGGUUGAAUCAGAUUCACCCGUGGCUGUUUUGAGUGGGCACAGCUGUGCCAUACAGUUCUCAGAAUGUGACCAUGUCGUUGAGCAGCUCUUGCCUGUUUCCAGCUGGGGCACCACCUUCAUAGUUCCUUCACUGUCUUUUCAACCUAGAAUAGACAUUGUGUAUGUCAUCGCUUCCCAAAAUACUUUGAUCCAAUACCAGUCUGGGGUCAACCAAGGCUCCCGUCAUGCGGUGGCUGGAGAAAUCAUGCGGUUUGAGAAGCAGCCCUCUCAGGUCCUUUCCAUCUCUGCUGAUGUAGGAAUCCAGGUCCUUUUUUUCUACACUGGUACCAAUAAUGGAAAUUGCCAGUACGAUCCAUUCCUCAUCAAUGUUCCAGCCUUAACAAGCUAUUGCACGUCAUAUCACAUUGAUGGGAUUAGGGACUUUGAUAAUUUUGCUGUCAUCAUGGCCAAAACCUCAGUUUCUGGUGGGAUCACAUUGGAGAAAAAAGCCAUUACCAAUGUUGAAUGGGCACCAGUCCCUGGAACAGAAUAUUCAUUUGCUCUACUCAGCUUGGGCAAAGAAACCAGUGCCCUCUCUGUAGAACAUCCCACCACUCCUUUUGGGCUCUUCAUCCUUGGAGGUGCCAAAAGCAAUGGUUAUGGCUCCGUGGCCAUUUGCUCUUGUGACAAACCAGUGUCUCCGUGCAGCUUGAUCCAGUGCAGGAAGAAGGAGAAGUGUGAAAUCAUAGGAGGUGAUCCAGUGUGUGUGCCAGAGUCUGAAUCCAACUGCUGGGCCCAAGGAGAUCCUCAUUAUCACACCUUCGAUGGGAAGAAAUUUGACUUCAUGGGCACCUGUACCUACACUAUUGCCAAGACUUGUGGCUCGGAUGCAACUCUUCCUUCCUUCAGUGUUGAAGCCAAGAAUGAGAACAGGGGAGGAAAUACUCGUGUUUCGUACAUUGGCUCUGUGACAGUCACAGUCUAUAACACCAUCAUCAAGGCGGUCAGAAAUGAGAAAGGCUUUGUGAGGGUGGACAACCUGCGGUUCCGUCUGCCCAUCUCCCUCCAUGAAGGAAAACUCCGUCUCUACCAGAGUGGGAGCUCUGUCUUCAUUGAGACAGAAUUCUCCCUGAAGGUCUCCUAUGACUGGAACACCUACCUGGUGGUGAAGCUCUCCAGCAGCUUUUAUGAAAAUAUCUGCGGACUUUGUGGCAACUACAAUGGAGACCCCACUGAUGACUUCAACAAACCCGAUGGGGCCUUGGCUCCCAACCCCAAUGAGUUUGGAAAGAGCUGGAAAGUAGACGAUGGCGACAGGUUGUGUUGGGAUGACUGCCAUGGGGAAUGCAAAACCUGCUCCCCAGAAAUGGCCAAGAAGUAUGAAGGUGAACCAUUCUGUGGCUGGCUCAUCAAAGGAGAGGAUGGCCCAUUCAGCAAGUGUCAUGCUGUGAUCGACCCCAACCCCUAUCUGGGGAACUGUGUCUAUGACCUCUGCUUGAAUGAUGGGCUGAAGGAGCUUCUUUGUGAUGCGCUGAAUACCUACGCAGUUGCUUGCCAGGAAAAGGGAGUUGCUAUAUCUGACUGGAGGACCCGCACCGGUUGCCGUGCAUCCUGCCCCGAGAACAGCCAUUAUGAGCUCUGUGGGUCUCCAUGUCCUGCCACCUGCAAUGACCAAGCUGGGCCCAAGAAUUGUUCCUCAAUGUGUUGCGUGGAAGGCUGCCAGUGUAACGAGGGCUUUGUGUUGGAUGCUGGGAAAUGCAUCCCCAAGUCUGCCUGUGGGUGUGUGUUUGAGGGGAAGCACUUACUUCCCGGCGAGCACUUCUGGGGAGACAAGACAUGUACGAAAAGGUGCUUCUGCGACCCACAGACAAGACAAGUGAGCUGUCAGGCAGUGAGCUGCGGAAAGGGAACGGAGUGUAGGGUCGAGGGUGGCAUCCAGAACUGCUACCCAACCGAUUUUGGCAACUGCUCUGCCUCUGGCGACCCGCACUACAUUAGCUUUGAUGGCCGGAAGUUUGACUUCCAGGGCACCUGCGUGUAUCAGUUCACUGGGCUGUGUGAGAAGAGGGAAGACCUGGUCGAUUUCCAGGUCCUUGUCGAAAAUGACCAGCGAGGCGGCCAGUCUGUGUCCUAUACCCGGACUGUAGAGGUGAAAGUUUAUGGGGCCUCCAUUGUGAUGAGCAGAGGGAACCCUGCAAAAGUCAUGGUGAACGACUUGCUGACCAACCUGCCCUACAGCAUCGACAUCAACAGAAUCUCCGUAUUCAGGAGAGGGCAAGGGGCAGUGGUCCAGACAGACUUCCAACUGACCGUCAUCUUUGAUGGGAUCAGCCGGGUCACUGUGUCUGUGCCCAGCAGUUACCGUGGCGCCUUGUGUGGUCUCUGUGGGAACUUCAAUGGCAACAAGCAGGACGAUCUUACCAUGAAAGAUGGCACAGUGGCUCCACACCCAUCAGACUUUGGUCAGAGCUGGAAAGUGCGGGAGGUGCCAGGCUGCAGCAAAGGGGGCACGGAAGAAUGCCCUGCUCUGUCAGCCAUUGAGAAGAAUCAACGGAACCUCAACAAGGAGUGUGGGCUCAUCCUAGCCAAGAGCGGCCCCUUCAGAGAAUGUCACAGCAAAGUGGAUCCAGAAGGAUACUUCCAAGAUUGUGUGUACGAUUAUUGCUUCUUUGAUGGCCAACAAGCUGUGAUCUGCCAGGUCAUUGCCAGCUAUGCUGCAGCAUGCCAGGAAGCUGGGGUGACCAUCUAUCCUUGGAGAUCAGACACCUUCUGCAGUCUUUCCUGCGCUCCGAAUAGCCACUACGAGCUCUGUGCGAGAGGUUGUGCUCAGACCUGCGGCAGCUUUUACGCUACAGUCCCUUGUUCGGCUACGUGCCACGAAGACUGCGUGUGCGACGAGGGCUUUUUGCUGAGCGGUGAUCAAUGUGUGCCCACGUCCCGGUGCGGCUGUCACUACCAAGGACACUACUACCCGGCAGGAGAGACUUUCUAUCCAACCUGUCAGGAGCGUUGCAUGUGCCACGCUGGGGGGAGUAUUGGGUGUGUCUCAUUCUCCUGUGGCCCCAAUCAGGAAUGCCGGUUGUCAGAUGGUGUCCGGAAAUGCUACCCUGUGGGCAAUGCCACCUGUUCUGGUUCAGGUGACCCUCACUAUCUCUCCUUCGAUGGACGGGCCUUUGACUUCCAAGGCACCUGCACCUAUACCUUGGCUACAGUUAACACAGGCAACCGGCUUUUGAGAUCCUUUACUGUCAACGUGGAAAACGAGGCCUGGGGGAAUGGGAAGGUGUCCGUUACCAAGAUGGUUUCUGUCUCAGUCUACGGCGUUACACUUACAUUACUGCAGAACAAGCAAGGUCAAGUGAUGGUGAAUGGCUUGAUCUACACCGUCCCUAUAUCCUUGUCUGCUGGGCGGAUCAGAGCCUAUCAACACGGCACAAAAAUCCUGAUAGAAACUGACUUUGGUCUCAUUGUGAGCUACGACCUGGUUUACCGUGUGACAGUCACAGUCCCAAGUACUUACCAGAGUGAGAUGCGAGGCCUCUGUGGGAACUACAACGGGCAGAAGGAUGACGACUUCCUGCUACCCGAUGGGAGCACAACUUCCAAUGCAGGUGACUUUGGUGCUUCCUGGAAGGUUCCAGUCCAUGGGGCAGCUGGAUCUUGCUCAGAUGGAUGCUCUGGAAACAGCUGCCCAGUCUGCGAUGAAAGGAAGAAGGAGAUCUUCAAACAGCGCCACUACUGCGGGAUCCUCACUGCGUCUGAUGGCCCCUUCAGGGCUUGCCAUGGAAAGGUCGAUGCCAACGUAUACUUCAACGACUGCAUCUAUGACCUGUGCAUGGGCAACGGGGACAGCCAGAUCUUGUGCAACAGCAUCCAGAGCUACGUAUCUGCCUGCCAAGCAACUGGAGUCUCUGUUGAGCCUUGGAGGAGCCCUUGCUUCUGUCCUCUGCGCUGCCCUGCCAACAGUCACUAUGAGAUCUGCGCCCAGCUCUGCCCCACCUCCUGUGCCAAGAUCACAGACCCUGCACCCUGUCCGAAGACUUGUGCUGAGGGCUGCCAGUGUAAUGAUGGUUUCUUCUUUGAUGGUGUUGGCUGUGUCCCCGCAAAAGACUGUGGGUGCAUAAAGAAUGGACGCUACUACAAGCCCAAUGAGAAGGUUCUGCUGAAUGCAUGCCAGGAGAUCUGCCACUGCAUCCCAGGCCUGGGAGUGAUUUGUGAGGCCCACAACUGCGCUGCUGAUGAGAUGUGCAAGAUCCAAGAUGGAGUCAUGGGUUGCUUUAAUAAGGAUCCAUGUAAAUCCCUGAAGUGCCGAGAAAAAGAAACAUGCAAGAUUGUGAACGGCCAGGCCAAAUGCAUCCCUAACUUCUCAGGAAUUUGCUGGGCCUGGGGGGACCCACACUACCAAACCUUUGACAAAAAGAAGUUUGAUUUCCAGGGCACUUGCUCUUACACUAUUGCCAAGUACUGUGGGAAUGAUGCUACGCUGGUGCCUUUCACUAUCGAUGAGAAGAAUGACAACAGGGGCAACCAAGCUGUGUCCUACGUGCGUCUGACCAACAUCUAUGUCUAUGGGUACAAGAUCUCCAUCCACAAACAGGAAACUGGAAGAAUCCGGCUGAAUGACAACAUUGUCAGCCUGCCACUGACUCUUGAAUAUGGCAAGAUCAAGCUGUACCAGAGUGGCACCAAUGCUGUCCUGCAAACAGAUUUCGGCCUGCAAGUGACGUACGAUUGGAAAUGGCACCUGGUGAUCACUCUCCCCAGCAGCUACUAUGGGACCAUCUGUGGGCUGUGUGGAAACUUCAACCAAAACCCUGCAGAUGACAUGGCCUUUCCCAAUGGCACCAAGGCUGCCUCCAUCAUAAGCUGGGCCAGCAGCUGGAAAGUCAAGGACCGGGACCCCUUUUGCUGGGAUUACUGCCGAGGGAAUUGCCCAACAUGUGAUGAGAGCAAGAGGGCGCUGUAUGGAAAGGAAGAGUACUGUGGGCUGAUCAGCAAACCCUCAGGGGGCCCCUUCAGAGAAUGCCAUUCCACAGUGAAUCCAGAUGACUUCUUUGACAGCUGCAUUUAUGAUGUGUGUCUCAAUGGAGGAGCCAAGAACAUCCUUUGCCAGGCCUUGGAAGCCUAUGCUAAAACCUGUAGGAAAGAGGGUGCCACCAUAUAUGAUUGGAGGACAGCCUCUGGCUGUGCCUUGCCGUGCCCUCAGAAUAGCCACUAUGAGUUCUGUGGCAAUGCCUGCCCCGCCAGCUGCUCCGACCGCACGGCUCCCUCUUUCUGCACGCAGCCAUGCGUGGAAGCCUGCCAGUGCAAUGAUGGCUACAUCCUCAGCGUCGACAAGUGUGUGCCUGUCGGGAGCUGUGGCUGCACCUACAAUGGGCUCUACUACAAACCCGGAGAGGAGUUCUGGGCUGAUGAAACCUGUGGCUUCCGCUGCACAUGUGAUCCCACCCUGGGCUUUGCGGUGUGCAAACCAGCUGGCUGCAAAGCCAGUGAGCAGUGCACUGUGGUCAACGGAGUCCGGGGCUGUUAUCCCGUAAGCACUGCUACUUGCUCAGCAACUGGGGACCCUCACUAUACGACCUUUGAUGGGAAGAAAUAUGACUUCAUGGGCACCUGUGUCUACCAGCUGGUUGGGCUCUGCUCUAAGGACCCGACUCUCAGGCCUUUCAGUGUCAAUGUGGAGAACAACAACCGAGGCAACCCAAAGGUGUCUUACACCAAAGUGGUGACAUUGAAGGUCUACGAUGUAACCGUGAUUAUGAGCCAGGAGCAUCCGCGCAGGAUCCAGCUAUUGACACAGGAAAUUGAUGUCAAUGGCGUCUUUGUGAACCUGCCUUUCUACCAUGAAGACAAGAUAAAAGCUUACAUCAGUGGGAAUGAGGGCGUCAUCAAGACUGAUUUUGGCCUGACGGUAGCCUUUGACUGGAACACCAAUGCCAAAGUCACUGUACCCAGUACGUACACCAAUGCCGUUUGUGGCCUCUGUGGCAACAACAACUUGAACCCCAAUGAUGACUUGACCAUGAAGGAUGGGAGUCAUGCGUCCAGCAUCUCCCAAUUUGCAGAGAGCUGGAAAGUUGGAGAGGCCCCUGGGUGCACACCGGGUUGCACCACUGAUUGCCCGCCAUGUGGAGAUGCGCAGAAAGAAACCUACAAGGGUGACCAGUACUGUGGCAUCCUCAUCAAAAAGGAUGGGCCAUUCUGGCAAUGCCAUGAUGUCCUUGACCCAACACCCUACUUCACAGAUUGCGUCUUUGACACCUGCCAGUAUCAUGGUCAGCAUAAAAUUAUGUGUGAUGCCAUCAGCAUCUACGUGGCAGCAUGUCAGGCUCUGGACGUUGAGAUUGAAGAAUGGAGAUCAAACUCUUUCUGCAGCCCUGCUUGCCCACCCAACUCUUACUACAAGCUCUGCGGAAACGGCUGCCCUGCCACUUGUCAUGGUCUCUCGGCUCCUGAUUGCUGUGAGAUGUCCUGCAAAGAAGGAUGCUAUUGCAAUCCAGGGUUUAUCUUGAGUGGGGACCAAUGUGUUUCCAUUGGCGAUUGUGGCUGUGAGCACCAGGGCAACUACUACAAGAAGGGAGAGGUUUUCUACCCCGGUUCCUCUUGCCAGAAACGAUGCCAAUGUGCAGACAAUGGAGUUGUCCAAUGCGUGGACUUCUCCUGUGGGCCCCAUGAGGAAUGUAGGAUAAAGGACGGUGUCCACGGCUGUCAUCCUGUAGGGUCUGGUACAUGCAGUUUGGCCUCAGGCUCCCACUACCUAACUUUUGAUGGACGGGCCUACGACUUCCAAGGAACCUGCACUUAUACUUUAGCUAAAGUUGUCGGUGUGGGUUCUCAGCUGGCAAACUUCUCAGUGAUGGUGGAGAAUGAAAAGUCUUUUACCAAGAUAGUUGUGGUCUCUUGUCAUGGAUAUACCGUUGUCAUUGAGAGGGCAAUAAAGUGGAAAGUCAAGGUGAAUGGAGAGCUCUAUACGCUGCCCAUGAAGACAAACGAUGGGAAACUCUGGGCCAACCAGGAAGGCAACAAUAUCAUUCUCCAGUCCAACUUUGGUCUCCAAGUCCUUUUUGACACCUCCUCGUAUGUUCUGGUGUCUGUCCCCAGUAACUAUCAGGGACUUGUCAAUGGCCUAUGUGGCAAUUUCAAUAAGGACAAGACUGAUGACUUUACUCUACCCACGGGGGAAAGAACCCAGAAUGUGAUCGAAUUUGGGGCCUCUUGGAAGGUUCCCAUUGAUGGUAUCAGAUGCUCUGAUGGUUGUGGAGAUAAAUGCCCUGUCUGUGAUGCAGCCAAGACAGCGCCAUACCGACCGGAGAGUUCCUGCGGAAUGAUCCAAGCCCAAUCCGGCCCCUUCAGGAACUGUCACUCCAUGGUGGACCCUGCUGAAUACUUCAACCACUGUCUGUAUGACAUGUGUGCAGCCAAUGGUGCAGGAGAAACUCUCUGUAGGAGCAUCCAGGCCUACGUAGCAGCAUGUCAGGCUGCAGGAGUUACAAUUGGAGCCUGGAGAACAAACAACUUCUGCCCUCUCACUUGCCCAUCCAACAGCCACUACGAGUUGUGUACAAAGACCUGUGAUUUCACUUGCACCAGCUUAUCCUCUCCAGGCCGGUGCACAAAACAAUGCUUUGAAGGUUGCCAGUGUGAUUAUGGCUACCUGUUUGACGGUGACAGGUGUGUGGCAGUGGGGAACUGUGGCUGUUCGCAUGAUGGGCGCUACAUAAAGGCUGGCGAGACUAUUGUUUUUGAAGGUUGUUCAACCAGCUGCACUUGUCGCCCAACAGGCCAACUGGUGUGUGAGGGAACUAGCUGCCAGUUAGGAGAGAUUUGUCGCCUCCACAAUGGUGUGCGUGGUUGCAGGGGGCAGGAAGGCGAGUGCAUCAUCGUCCCUGGAGCACGGUUGACCUCCUUUGAUGGCGUCUCUGGGGGAAUCCUUUAUGAAGGAGCUUACGAGGUGGCUUCCCUUUGCAAUGAAAAUGACCUCUUUUGGUUCAGGAUCAUAGCAGUGGUCAAGAAAUGCAAUGAAAUGGAUUUGCCAUCGGUGUCGAUAAUACACAUAUUUUUCCAAAGGAUGCUUAUCACUGUAAAAACAAACAAGGAAGCAUGGGUCAAUGGGCACCAAGUGACGCUCCCGGCAAUGGUAUCUGCAGGUGUCUCCAUAAGCGUCUCUCAGAAUGGCGUCGUAAUUAAUUUGGCCUCCGAUGUAAAAGUUCUCCUCAGAGCCUGUGGGGAAAUGACAGUGGAAGUCAGCGAAAGCCUGGAAGGAAAACUCUGUGCCUCCUGUGGCAACUUCAAUGGAAAUGGUAUUGAUGACCUGAAGCUGCCCAAUGGGAACGUAGCAGGAAAUAUUGCUGAGGUCAUUGAUUCCUGGAAGGCCAAGGACUUCACUAGCUGUGAUGUCUGAUCCAAAGCGAGCGACUCUCUCUGCUGCUUAACUGUCGGUGUCAACUAUUUGCAACUGAACUCGGAGCAAAACUGUUCUGCAUAGAGUAUCCCUGGCUUCACAUCUUCGUGUUUUUCAACCUGCUAUCUGAUUGCCAAACAAAAUGAUGACACUUUUUCCUGAGAAUCAAUAAAUCCUCUCUUUUUUUGGAAA